AUGAAAUCAUUGGGCGAACUCCUGACCCCGCACCAUGGUAUCCAACUCUUUAUGCAGCAUUAUGAUGACGAUAGAAUAUCCCCAUUUGUGGAGGCUGUAUUAGAGUACUGUAGGGGUGUUGAAGAAAAGGAUUUCAAUGACACAGGAAAGAUGAGCCUAGGCGAGGCGUGGCUGGACGACAGGACAGCUCCGCUUCUUCCAACACAUAUGAGGCCAAAUGCGGAUAACAUCACGAGCAACUCGACAACUUCGAACACAGCACACAUGCGACACUUGAAUGCUGAUCUCCCUCAUGCCAGAGAAUACGAAGAGCGUUUGACAGCAAGAGAUUUGAGGCGUCAUCUUCGUGAAAGACGCUUCAACCAUGAGCAUAUGAAGGAUGCAGACCGGCGGCUCAUACACAUCGCAAAUCCAUCUCCAUGCCAUAUGCUCACUUUGACUGAGACGGCGACUGAGCAUCAAGCUCCAGCAAUCCGGGAUCUGCUAGGACAAUUUGUCAUGUUCCAAACGUCUAUGGAAGUCAGACUUUCCACCGAAGGAUACUGUGUCUACCAGCUCAGAAACCACUUUCCCUACUUCGCAUUUCAAGAUACAAAACCAAAGGUCGAGGGCAAGCCUGAGAGUGGGAAAUCGAACCGAAACAGAUGGACAGACCUUUCUUUCCUUGACCCAACGAACGAACCAGAUACGUAUGGGAUGUACCAAGCGCGAUCAUCAUUCACUGUCUGCGGUUCCGAUAAUACCCGUUGGAUUGCUUAUAACCUGGAAGAUACCAGUUUCGACCCAGAUCGUGAGAUCGGCGACGAUGAACGUGAUGAAUACCAACGCAGGGAUCAGAUAUCUAUGGGCAAAUUCGAUGCGAACAUGCCUUUCACUGACGCUCGGGAGUACUACUUGGCCAUCAGUCUGGUCAAAGUGAAGCACGCCCGAAAUGAGAUCCAAAGGGUGAUCGGGCGAGUGGAAGCUUCGUUCAGAAAUCAUAUGACGUGUUGCCCAUUCUCGACUGCAUCUCCAACCGAGCAGUUGGCCAUAAAGAAGUGGAACGAGCCCAUGCUAGAGCUUCUGACUAUGUUGAUCCAAGAUAUUGGGGAAAAGGUUGACUGCUGGGACAACUUUAAGGAAAGUGACAUCGAUUACUUCAACGAUCAGAAAGUGACGCUGCCAUCCAAGGUCAUCGAACAUAUAGAGCGCAUGAAAAUCGAGUUAGACGAUGUGUAUAGGGAGUUGAGGUCCUUUGGGAAGAAAUUGUCCUACUUCCGAGAUUCAUGCAAAGAGCUUGCUUUUCAAUUGCAAUACCGCCUUAGCUUACAAGGGGGGAACAACAGCGAUUUCACCAUUCUUAUUAUAUCUCCUGUAGUCGUUGUCUCUAGUGUCUUUGCUAUUGACACCUCCGAAUUCCCUUUCAAGCGAAAUGCGCUCUCGUUCUCCUGGUCAGUCUUUGCCGUCGGUCUGUUGUUGUGGUUACUAUUACGCUUGAAAGGAGGUUGGCUGGCUCAACAGGGUUGGUGGGAGAAGCUGUUGCGAAGAAGUCGAACGGUGAGACGACGUCGAGACAGUAGUAUCGUCGCCGUUCACGAAGGCGAGCCAAGCGUACUACGACGAAGAAAUACGCAUGCGGACUUUUCGAGGGAUCGAGGAUAG